CCGCCGCGGGGAGACGGGGCGGAGCCGUGCGCGAAGGGAACCGGCCUUCCCGCCCCGCCCCGGCCAACCGCGCCUCAGACGCGGCGGGACGGUCGCCGGGGCCCCGAGCCCGCUCUCGGUCUCUCCGCUCCCCUCGGCCGGAGCCCCCGCACCCCGCGGGAAGCGUGAGGCGCCGCGCCCGCCCUGUGAGGGUGGUCUGCGCGGCCUGGGCCCGCCAGCAGGGCCGGUCCCGUCAGCUGGCGCUCGGGGCUCAAGGGCCCGCUCCGUGCAGCCGCCGCGGCUCGUAGCGCAACGCCCCGGGGCACCGCUCUGUGCCGAAGCGGGGUCGGUGCGGCAGGCUGCCGGUUCUCGAUGCGCUGGUGGGCCUGGUACUGCACCGUGAUGACAGCCUCAGCAGAUAGCUCUGAUAAUUAUGAAAAGUGGCAGAUGGAAUUGAGCCAGAGUUACAGUAGCUCUGGCUUGGACUAUUCAGAAGAUACUUUUGAGCCCUUCAGCGAGGAGGAAGAAGCCUGCUGGCAGCAAGAGAGCGAACCAUCUGAAUCGUAUUGUUCCACAGAGAAAUUAGAGAGGUCUGCUGUGUCAGAUACGUUGGAAAGCAGGUCACAGUUGGCAGGCCAAAAUCAUGCAGAUGAGCAGUCUGAAGUAGUGGAUUCUGCAGCUAUAGAAAGAGAUGUCAUGGGAAAAGGGGUUGAUCUAAAAAAUAAAGAAGCUGGCAUUAAGCAAGACAAAUCUGUCAUCAAAACUCAUGCUGAAAUUACUGAAUUAUUAGAUGGAGAACUGGAUGCUCUCCAGUCUUUUUGCACCGUUAAGAUAAGCAAGAUGCGUCGGCAGCUGCUCUCUAAGCAGGGAAAUGGUGGUAAGUCAGGAAAGCUGCAGCAUGGAUUCACAGCAAAGAAACUGGAGACAAGUGACUUGAACUGCGUUAUUCCUGAUCGGCUAAUGAACAGAAUCCGCCUGAAAAAUAUCAGAGAGACUCUUAAACAGGUGACAGAAGCUCAAAUCCACCAAUCUUCAGCGUGCCCUGACUGUUGGAAGAAGGAAGCAGAGCUAGCAAAGAUUACGUUUCUCAGACGAAAGAAGAUUCUAAUGGAAAGUGCUUUAAUCCAAGAGAAAUUGGAAGAACAGAUUUACUCCAGAGAUGUGCUUACACUUAUAGGAGAAGCACUCAGAAGCUUUCCCAAACCUUCAGAGGAUCCCAAGAACUUAUGGCAAAAGCUGAAAGGUCAGAAAAUAUCACUUCAGCUCUUGCACACUUUGAACUUAUCCUGUGUGCUUGACAUAGUUUGUUGCCUCUGGUUAUACUGCAGGACACAGCAAGCUGCAAUCUCAAUGAAAACUGGUUUUUGGGAGGGAAGCAGACUUGCCAAUUUCAAGACAAAAGUACUUAAAAGUAUAUUCACACCAUUGAAAAGUAGUGGCUGUUCAGAGAGGAGGAGUGUGUGGAACAGUUUUCUGGACCUGCAGAGUUAACAGCACAUGUUCUGCCCCUUUGAAGAAAGCCGAAUUUUAUGUUGGUGGGCCCCCCUCCCUGGCCAAGCAGCACCAUGUACAAAAUCAAAAGAGGGAUAGCACUGGCAAAAACAUAGUCUUUCUGCCGGCUAGAAGAUGAAUUUGCUGACCAGUUUUGCACAUUCAUGUAAACAGUGGGACUGGCAGGCAGCACCAGAAGCUACAUACAGAGUGUGAAAUCCUACAGUUCUGUUUUCUUCAGAUAGUUUUGGCUGUAGGAAGAUGGGAAUUGCUGCAGGGGGUUGUAGCAAGAGCCUCAUCUCAUCCUUUCUCCAGUCUUGAAGAGUAGCCACCUGCCUUUUAAGGACUCUUGUAGAGAACAAUUAGGGAGGUACCUGUCUAAAGAGAAAGCUUCCAGUUGUGGUCCAUGAAAGUACAGGGCUCUCAUCUCCUGACCUCAUAUGCCAAGAUUCAGACAACUUGAUUGAGGCACUUGAUUUAGGCAUCAGAAACGUCUUAAGGAAUUUCCUUUCCAGCCUGUGGACAGAAUUGGAUACCACCAACGAGCGAUCCAGAGGAUUGAAAGGAGGCACCAUCCUCUCCCCACUGGCUGCAGAGGGGCUCUAAGUGGCGUCAGAGGGUUCUGUCUUUGAGGGCAUUGGAAUAAAGACUUUGGCAAUAGAAGGACAGAGACAACUACAUUUAUAUAAUUGAGGAAAGAGAUUUCUCUGAGGAGGCAUAACUGGAGGCUCCAACUGUCUUCAAGGUUUUAUACAGGUCAGCUUAAUUUGAUAUGAACUCACGUUUUACUGUUUAGCAACAAAGGCAGUGAAGAAGCAGAAAUAUUCCUCAGCACAUUCUAGGACUGCACGAGAACUGCUAGAUUGGAGAUCCUGGUGCGAGGUGGCUGUGGGGGCAAGUUACAGCAUGGUCAUUCUUAGGGGAAAGAGUAUAGAGGACUGAUGGGACUUUUGCAUGAUUAUGUGUAUUUGGUGCAGAACAAGAUAGGUAAGCUAAUACAUACCCUUUGGCUAAUUAGGACCAAAUGGUUGUGCAUUUGUAGUGAUUGUGUAUACAUCUUUUGUGCGCGGUUUUGUGUCUAAAAAUUAAAAAAAAUAUGUCUUAAGUCUCCUGUUGAAAGUAGCACUACUCAUGGCUUUGCUAAAGACAUUCUGUGAGUCCUGCCCCAAAUAGCAAUAUAUCUGACUUGAAUCCUGCCUGCUUUUUGAAUCUCUACCCGACCUGUGAUGGUUCUCAUGUAACUUUUUUAUCUCCUUAUUUUUCUUCUCUCUGCUCCACCGCCUGUGAAUAGGCUGAAUCUGUUGCUAUGGAGGAAGGUCCAGUCACUGUCUGCAGGUCACUUCUGCGAUACCCUGCUGCUUGUUCUGGCAGAGUGCUGCUUCCGUACAGGGUGAAACCCUUCACCUCACCUGUAGGUUAGAAAUUAUUCAAAAGUAGAGUGGUGAGAAAUGUAUUAGUGUGAUCCUUUCCAAACCCGAAGGCUUGAAUCCAGUUUUGAUUAGAAGAUGGUGAGCUAAUUUCUUGGAAAGAUAAAUUUGGUUGCAGUCCUCCCUCCUAAUACCCUUCUGUAGCUGCUGGCCCAGAGUGGCUCCUUAGUCGUACAUCUAGCUGAAUGUGACCCAGCGCCUUUCUGUCUCCAUCAGAAGCUGAAAACAUGUUUCGAUGUAGAUGAAAAUAGUGUUUCCAUUUCAUCUGCAGGCUCCAGUCUGGCAUGCCUGUGACUGGAAUUGAGAAGAAGGUUUCUCAGAGCCAUGAAUGCUUGCCUGGCUGUUCAAGGGGGCAAACAGCUAUCAGCUCGUUACCUGGCCAUAAAAAUACAUUUUCUACAUAGAAUGUGUCAAAUCCUUUUCCUGGGGUGACAGUAACUGCUAAGAGGAUUGUCAGUCUGGGAUAGACAAACUUGAAACGGUGCUGGAGUAGUGUUUAGCUUAGUUUUUUCCUUUUUUUUUUUUUUUUUUUUUUGUUUUAAAAAGGGGGAAAUUUAACGCUGGAAAACUGAACCAGCUUUGCAGUUUGGGAUAUUGCAACUCGUUAAUCAAUGGGCAGGUUCACCAAUAGCUUCAGAAAAUCAAACUUCCUUCUGUGAUCUCUUCUCAGCGUAGCUCAGCCCCAAGUUGGAGAGAAACCUGAUGGUGCAAAAGAAUCAGAAAGUGACUUUUAAGCUGUUCAACUCCCUCAGUCCUUGACAUCCCCAAAGAUAAUACCAAGAGCCAGUUACAGGACUGUCUCAUGCUGACAUGAGUACUGCUGUAAGAAAUACCCAUUCAUUUCCUAUUGCCCAAGGAAACAUUUGGUUCUCCUGAAGCAUUGUAAGGGCUGACAGGAAAGGCUUUGCUUUUAUUUCUUAUUUUUGAACAUAAAUUCCAAUAUCCUUAGCCUUAGCUGUCUUUUUCUCACUUCAGUCCUGGACAGCAUAGAUCAUGCUUAUUCUUUUCAGCUCUUGGCAGCACCAGCACUUUUCUAAAGUAGCUCCCUCCUCUUAACUAACCUGGAGUGGAGCACGAAAGAAAAUCUGUGCAGUGCUCAAAUUGAGGAGAGGGAUAACAAGGACAGGACUGGAGGUAAGCAGCAGACUUCUGCCAGGGAGGUGGCACUUGGGCAGCAUGAGCACUGCCCAGCUAAGGGCUGGGAGAGAGGAGACCCUCUCUGUCCUGUUUUCUGCAAGCAGCAGGGAUGCUGCGAGGUAGGGAAGCUAACACUGCAGCUGUAAGAUGGACUGGUAUUUUGGAGCAGCUGCAUUUAAUUGGACUAUGCAGAAGGCUCCCUGUAGACCUUCAUUGUUCUUGCACUUCUGACAGGAAUGGUCUAAAUGUGGAAAGGAGGGUGGGGGGAGAAGAGGGGUGAUACAGGAUUGCUGCUGUACCCACUGACUGGUCAGUGCUCUAUGUCUGCCCCCAUUUCAGUAACAAGGGGAUGCUACUUUUAACUAAACAUUUAGUUUAAGGCUUUACUGGUUUUGAGGCACUGAUGGAUAAUGAUAGUGGAGAGAAAAAGGCACCUUUUUUCAGUCACAAGGUAGUUAGGAGACGUUGUGUCUUCCUCUCUACGUGCUCAGGAACAAGAUCAAGGCAGGUGGCCGGACUGCAGAAGGUCACUUUGAUUGUCUCCUUGGCUCAUGGUCAGUUGAGACAGUUUACCCACAACCCUGUUAAACUGCCUGAGACACAGUCCUUAAGGUUAUGGUAUAUCUCUGCUGGGGCCCCUCUUCAACAGGUUCCAAGAUGGCCCUUGUUUGAAAAACCAUUAAUAAAUGAAAGUACUUGUCGCCUUCUGUCCUCAAAACUCUUUCUUCCUUCAGUAUCUCCUGGGUCAUAUAUGGGAUGUGCUGUUCUAAGCCCAGAUUCACAUUUCAAUAUAAUUAGAAUGUCAUCCCUAUCUCUGUUGUAAUUAAAUAACAAGCCAAGCAUGGGCAGAUAGGAGACUUAAUGCUGCUGGGCUGCCAGCUUUGGACAGGAGAUCCAGGUAAUUUGUUUUAACAGGACAGUUUAUUACCAGCUUUUCUUUUCCUUAGACAGAUUAGCGCUUAUUUUCUCCUGCCUGUUAAUGACAACAACAACAAAAAAAUUGUGAAUUAAAAACUGUUUCCUGCAGUUUGUUUAAAAAUACACUUUUGACCACAGCCAGUAUAGGCAGCAGUUGUCUUAUUGGACUAGUCGAAGGGGUGGUGUCCCUCUGAAGCAGGUGCCUUGCUGCUUGAGGAGUUUGGGCAUUGGGUCAUGUCAUGACUUCCCCCUUUUUUUUUAAUAGCUGAGUCUGAGAGAACGGGGAAGCUUCUGCCUUUCACUGGGUUCAGUUCCUGCUGCCUCAUUGCCCUGUUCUUCCCUCCCUUCCAUCCCCCCAAAUCUCUAGAUCUCCUGCUUCCCUUUCUGCCAGCUGGGAGAGUGAGGCUCUGAGAACCGCUAGACCCGGCUGUGCUCGGGAGCUCCCCAACAUUUCCCACUCCUCCGAGACCACGCGGAUACCUGCACCGGCCCUGCAUCGGAAACGCUGAGGCUCUGCAUCACGCCUGGCCUGCGACGGAGGGGACAUCUCCCUGGACUGAAACACUGCGCGGUGAGGGCUCAAACUGGUCGGGGGCCAGCAGGAGCCCGAGGGCAGGGGGCUUGGGGGUUUGACCGGCACCAUGCAGCUUGCGAUGGGUGCCCAGAGCGCCAUAGCAAGUGGGACGGUGAAUUGGGACCAGUGUGGAAUAGCACCUGGGUGAUGUGGAUAGCAGGCAGAGCUGUGGGUCUGGAGACAAGUCCAUUGGCAGAGAAUAAUGCAGUCAUGAAGGUUUAGCACAAAGACAAAAGAAGGGACUUUGACAGCAGAGAAAAUGUCUUGCCUUUAGAGAUGGGGGAUGGUUAGACAGGGAGAGGUGGGUGGAGGAGGAGAAAGCACAAAAAAGCCAAAAGGCUUUAGAACAGGGACAGGAGGGUGGAGUCUUUAAAUAGACAUUUGGAGCUAAAGAACAUCAUUACAUACCUGUUCACUCUGCAUUCAGGCAGAUUCCCAAUGUGUCAGCCACUACAGAGUCUGUUCAGUGCGAGAAAUUUUGAGGCUGGGAAGUGCUCUAGACCGUGUUUACACCCUGAACAGUUUGGAUGUGAGGCAAUUUAAGACUCAGAGGUAGGGUUCUGGCCCAACUUUAACAACAAUGCAAAUGUAGCUGUGACUUAACUGGUGUCAGUGUAAGUUAUGGAAGUGUUGAAAAGCCUAUGCCAUACAUUAAAAUACAUAACAGAGCUGUUGAUGUUGAAAUACUUUUUUUCUUCCUUAGACCAUACUUGCCUACAACCGAUGAAAUAUUGAUGAGUAUUUCAGCGCAGAAAAAGACUAUUAACUUUUGGCUUUAGCUGACUUAGCUAAGAAUUUGAGGGCUGCAGCAGCUCCAUAAAGAAUUCUCUGCCAUCAGUUCACUCCUCCUCACAUGAACAAUACCCCGAACUCAUUUCUCUCUCUGGUCUCAGCUGCAGCAUUUUGGCACAGGGAAAGGGCACCUACUGCUGCCAAAGAACUCGGUGCUUUACGGAUGAAAACCAAACAUCUUGAAUUCCACCUGGAGCCUGCUGGCAGCGAAUGGAGGGCCCAGAGCAGUUAUGUGGUGUUUUCUCACAGUGACACGUGACUUGACCUUUAACAACCUGAGCUUAGUGAGAGAAACAAACUGCCAGAGGAAGCAAUUAGCUGAAAUUUACCUGAAACCAAAGUCUCACCCAGUGACGUGAAUGAAUCCCGAGUGGUUCUUGCCUGGGAAGGAGUUUCAGCAAGUGGAGAUCAAGCUGCUUUUCAGCCUGGAUGCUCUCUAGAUUUUAUGUCCCUUGUCAGAUGCCAGCUGUCGCCCUGUUUUCCUCAAAAAAGGCUCCACCAGCCUAAACUUGGCCCAAGGUCCUCCCUGCAUUAAGAACAGGGGAGGGGAAACACCAAAGGUGCUUUUUAGCUUCAAAGCUUGCUUGGACAAAGCUGUCUUCAUACACUGGUAAUGUGAUGCCAGAACCACGGCCUGAAGACCUGUUUCAGAUUGCAUGUGUGAAAAGGAGAAGGGACAAUAUUUAUAAGUUCAAGAGAAGACAAAAAGAUAAACUGUCUGAAGUAGUAAAAUUAAAUGGAUCCAAGUUAGAGCUGCCUCUGUCGCUCCAAACAAGAGAAACCCUGUUUCUUGUGGUGAGGGGGGCUGGUGUUAUUCAUACUGCUAGUAAGAGUGAGCAGGGUAACAGAUCACCAAUACUCCUUUUCCUGGAACACCUUUCUCUUCUGCUGUUCUGGUCCCUCCAAACAGUUUCUGCCUCCAGUAUUAAUAAUAUUAGGCUCUAAGUCGUUCCAGAGGUUUCCUUGAAGUCAGCAGGUUCCAAUAUUAUUUGUACUCUUGGGGCAAAGGACUGUCACAACUGAUGUGUUAGGUGGUGGUUAUGCUCUGGAUUUUGCUGUCAUGAGUUACGACUUUUCCAGCUACAAAAGCUGUGUGAUAGCAGAGACUUGGGGUUAUGGCUACAGCAGCAACAGUGUGAUAGCACGCAAUAAUACCGCAGUCUGCAGCGCUUGUAGCACAAUAUAAUUGGACAAAACCAGUCCUACACCACCUGAUGCAUUACUGAAAGAUGGUUGUUUUCAUUAAAAAUCAUUAAAUGCCACUUUUGAUAUGCUGCUGUUAUGCACCUGAGUCCAGUUCUGACCAGCUCUGCGGAACAGCAAGCUCCUUUUUGUAGAGCAGGGUUUUCAACUUCAGAGCAUGUUUGUUUCUGCAAAGCUGCUGCCUGUGCUUUUCCCUGACGUAGAAAAAUGCUUCUCAGAUCAACUGACUUCCUCGCAAGGACUGAUAGCUGCUGCUGUUUUCCCCAAGACAGGAAGACUGUAGUUGCACAUUUUUGCCAUUUACUCGACAUUGCCUCAGUGGCAAAAAUCUCUUUGUGAUCAACUUGAUGUGUGAGCACGUAUCAUAUACGCAUGCCACUUGGCAAUGCCUAUAAUUGAGGGACCUCUGGCUUCCACCGAGUGUAAUUUUCUGCUUUCCCAAGGCAAGGAUGGAUGCAGGUGCCGUCCUCCCGCGCUCCCCAUGCUGAAAGCAACACCUAGAGGAAUACAGUCUGCUCGAGUACAGUGUGCUGUGGAAAGCGUUUGUAGGCUUAAGUGCUUUGCCUCAGCUUUGCCUCAGCUUCUCCUAGAUCUCAAAAAUACUGUAUUUUGUAGGUACAUAAAGGUAUUUCUCUCUAUAUGUAUAUCUAAUUUUCUAUGUUAUAUACAGAGAUGCUGGUGAUCUGUUAACCACCGUAGACGAUAGUAAGAGGGAGGACAUUUAUCCUUGGUGUGAGAAAC